GAGCGACUGGGCAGGUGGGCGAGAGCUCUGCUUCCGGCGAAGGCAGGCCGAAGCUAGGCCUUCCUUAGAAACCUUCCGCCCCUGCCGUCGGGUUGAAUGAGGGUGCGAGUGCCUCCUCCUCCUCCUCCUGCUGCUGCUGCUGCCAAACGGCCCAGUCGAGCCCUCGCCGUCUGUUAGGCGCUAUAAGGCCAGCCUCUCCCCCGCCACCCACGCCCGAGAAGCCGCUUUGGCUGUGCCGGUCUCCUUCGGUGGGACGAGGUCGUAAAAGUGCUGCGGGGAAGAAAGGGAUUCCGCGGCCGCAGAAGCGAGGGGGAAAACUGGAGCGGAUGCCCUCCAUUUCGAACCGGACUCCCAACUCCGUUUGGGUGCGAUGUGGGAAAAGAUGACGGAGCGGAGCGGGCGUUUGCGUUGAGCAACGAGAAGGGCUUCCGGGCCAGCGGAUCUUGCCCCCCCGAACUAAGCCAGAUCCUUGGAUCGAAUUCUCUGGACUGGUGGGACGGCGGCUUGGAGGGGAAACAUGAACAGAUACCUCCCGGUAGCACGGCAGCAUUUCCUGGCUGUGUUAGCCAGCACCAGUGUAGUCGUGAAAUCUAUAUGUGCCAUUGUCAUUUUGCUCUACCUUCUCUCCUUUGCUGUAGACACGGUCUUUGGACUUGGGGUUACCCCCGGAUAUCUCUUCCCACCCAACUUUUGGAUAUGGACGCUGGCAACCCACAGCCUGGUGGAAAAGCAUAUUUGGGAUGUGGGCGUAAGCCUGACCACGAUAGUGGUGGCAGGGAGGUUGCUGGAGCCGCUCUGGGGUGCCCUGGAACUGUUGAUCUUCUUUGCAGUGGUGAAUAUCUCCGUUGGGCUUCUGGGGGCCUUUGCUUAUCUUCUUACUUACAUGGCGACCUUCAGUCUGCCUUACUUGUUUUCUGUUCGCAUUUACGGAAUGCUGGGUUUCCUUGGCGGUGUCUUAGUGGCCCUCAAGCAAACCAUGGGUGACAGUACUGUUUUAAAGAUACCUCAGGUGCGAAUGAAAGUGGUCCCCAUGCUCUUGCUUCUCGUUCUUUCAGUGUUGAGACUGACCACUCUUGUUGAAAGCAACAUUUUGGCUUCUUAUGGUUUUGGGGUCCUUUCCAGUUGGAUAUAUCUGCGUUUUUACCAGAGGCAUAGCCGAGGGCGUGGCGAUAUGUCAGACCAUUUUGCAUUUGCCACCUUCUUCCCCGAGAUCCUACAACCUGUGGUUGGUUUGCUGGCCAAUCUGGUGCACACCAUCUUAGUGAAAGUGAGAGUCUGCCGGAAAACAGUGAAACGUUAUGAUGUUGGAGCCCCUUCUUCUAUUACUAUCAGCUUGCCUGGAACAGAUCCUCAGGAUGCUGAACGAAGGAGACAACUGGCUCUAAAAGCACUGAAUGAACGAUUGAAGCGUGUGGAAGAUCAGUCAGCCUGGCCCAGUAUGGAGGAUGAAGAUGAAGAAAAUACCAAGGCCGAUACUCCCUUGCUACCCGAAAAGAGCCGGGACUCUGCCAGUGUUGGAAAAGCUACCAGCCAAGAAUCCAGCCUCAUUACCUUUGAAGAUGCCCCCUCUCAGUUGUGACGAUGAAGCAUUUGCAUCGCCUGCCUGCUCCUGCAUAUCAGAGCUGCUAAUGGUCCUUCACCUGCCCUCCCUUGUAGCAUUCCCUGUUUUGCAGGAACAAAACACUAUGCCUCCUGGCUACUUCCUCCAACAUUUGUGAGCCACCUGUGGUUUUGCCAGGUCUUAGGACUCUUUUGGUGAAAACUGAAUUGUCAAACUGACCUGAGAAGUUGUUUCAUCUCUUCAAGAAGGUGUUGAAAUUAAGAACUUCUCAGAACUGGCAGGGGAGGAAGGAGGAUAUAGCUCAAUAAGGAGCAUCUCCUUAAAAAGACCUAUAAAAUUUGCCCCAGCCUACAGCUGCCAUUGUGGCU